AUGGAUUUUCUUGAUGACUGUAAAGUGCCAUAUAUCUGCAAUACUCACUUUGAUGCCAACCAGUUUCUCUAUGAAGGCAACAGAAUUUUUUGGAAACGUGACCCAUUUCCAAGGUACCGUCAGCGUCGUAGUCAACCGUCCGAAAGCAUUAGAUGUGUUCGAUUAAAACAUGGCGCAACUCAUGGACACAAAGUGACAUUUCGGGAAUCUUUCUUCAAGAGCAAGUCGAAGUCGUCCCAUCCAGUCGCUGUUGUUUCUUUGCCAGAAAAUCCGAAUAUUUUCUAUGAAUUCUCCUAUACAAGGACGUCGACCAAAGACGCCAGCAAAUUUUACUCAUGCCUCACCUGUAGGCGUGCAAAGACGGACACACGGGUUCAUAGAGAUGUAAUCCGCACCAUUCAUAUACAAGGAUGGCAACAAAUUCGAAGCCGCUGGGGUAAAUUUGUCAGAUUUCAGGAAGCAAGCACUGAAUAG